UCGCCGGUUGUUGCUCCAAGAGCUGCUGGUGCACAUGCAAGAGCAGCAAGAGAUCGGCCUAUAAGCAUCAUCAGAGCAGAAAAGAUGACGACGAUGUGACUGUAAGAUUGCCUCCUGUCUCUCCCAGAAGCAGAGGUACCGACAACGUGGAUGCGGCGGAGAUGCCGACUCUAAGAACAGCAAGAGACGUCUUCAUUGUCGCUGAGAGGUUGCCCCCUGGUCCAGCCAGGGAGUUGCCCGUGCCGAAUCCCAUUGUUGGACAGGAGGUGUACCUGAAGACGGCCCUCGGUUACCUUGCAGAUGAUGCAGUAGGCGUGGUGGGGAUACAUGGCACAGGGGGCGUCGGUAAGACCACCCUCUUGAGGAGCAUCAACAACCAGUUCUGCGGCAGCGCUGCAAGAACCGAGUUUGAUCAUGUGAUGCUUGCUGUGGUCGGUAAAGAUCCCGAUAUCAAGAAGCUCCAGGGAGCCAUAGCAUACGAGGUCGGAUUGCUCCUCAACGCCGACGAUAGCGAGGUCGUCCGAGCUGCCGCCAUCUUCGACUUCCUGAAGGCGAGGAGCUUCUUGCUGCUGUUGGAUGACCUUUGGGCACCUCUGGAACUGGCAAAGGUUGGAAUCCCGCAACCGUCGAGCGACAGCGCCAUCGGACGCAAGCAAAAGCUGAUGAUCUCGACGCGGCUGGUGGACAUCGCUGGAAGAAUGCAAGCUUACAAGAUCCUCAUUUUGGAAUGCCUGAAGUGGGAGGAGGCGUGGAACCUAUUCAAAUCCACGGUCGGCGAGGAUACCGUGGGAGAUCAAAGAAUCCGAAGCUUUGCGGUCACGCUCGCAAAGGAGUGCCGCGGCUUGCCGCUUGCUCUUGUCACGAUGGGGUCGGCGAUGGCCGCAAAGAAGACGGCUGAGGAGUGGCAAAGCGUGAUCUCGUCGAUCAAAACCUCGCCGCUCCAUGAAAUCUCAAGUGCAGAGGAUGAAUCGCUCGCUCUUCUGCACGUUAGCUGCGGAAGCUUGAGAGAUCAUAGGAUGAGACAGUGCUUUUCGUCAUGUUCUUUGUGGCCCGAAGGCUAUCACAUGUCGAAGGAAAACCUCAUCAGGUCUUGGAUGGGUCUGGGAUCAACACACCAUUUCGAUGACAUCAAUGAAGCUUAUAACAUCGGGAACGCCAUGAUCGAAACCCUGAAAGCUUCGUCCUUGUUGAAGAACAGCGAAAGGAGCAACAGUCGUCUGGAGAUGCACGAUGUUGUUCGAGAGAUGGCCUCAUGGAUUGCUUCUGAGGAAGGGAGCAGCAGAAACAAAUGGUCGGUGGGAGCCAACAGCAGUGGUCGAACAGGAUGGGAUGAGUGGAGCAGAGCAGAGACGAUAUGCCUCAUGUUCAAGGACAUUGCAGCACUCCCUGAUUCAUGCAAUUGCCCCGACCUCCAAUCUUUGAUCCUCCGAGGAAACAAGCGUCUUUCCAAGAUCCCAAAUGGACUGUUUCCCUGCAUGAUAGCUCUGAGGUACUUGGAUCUGUCUCACACUGGCAUCUUGCGCCUCCCUGCAGAGGUUGGCACAUUGGUGAACUUGCAGUUCCUCGAUCUUUCGUACACAAAAAUCGCGUGCUUGCCGGAGGAGAUCCGAGAGUUGACGAGCUUGAGGCAUUUGGAGUUGGAGGGAACGACGGAGCUCAGGACGAUUCCUCGUGGAGUGAUCUCAAGCCUGGGAAUGUUGCAGGUACUGAACCUGUACAUGAGUGGCUUCGCGAACUGGAAUUGGCUUUCGGUGCGUGGUCACCGUGGCAUAACCUUCGAAGAGCUGGUGUCCUUGCCAAAACUAAGGUCUGUCGGAUUCACCGUGAGGAACAUUCCAUCUCUGCUCAGGCUUUUCAGCAUAAGCCAUGUAUCGACGCACUCCCUGACCAUCAGAGAGCUGCGAGGCUUGAUCUCUCUCCAUCUGUUGCCGGCACUGCUCAGCAGAAACAAGAUGGGGAGGCUCAGAAACCUCACGGUCGAAUCCAGUCGGUGCUUGAAGGAAUUGGUCAUGGGAGAGGAGGCUGAUGACGCUCCGAAUUGGAGACUGCAUCAGCUAGAGGUUCUCAAUUUGGUGUGCCUCCCGGAGCUAGAAAGGGUCAUCUGGAGAGGUGUUCCACCUCAUGCUUGCCUCCCUAACCUUCGCUUUCUAUCCCUUCUCUGCUGCAACAGCCUCAAGAACAUCACAUGGAUUUUGCAUCUUCCACUCCUCCAAGAACUCUACGUACAGAACUGUGACGAAAUGGAGCGCGUGAUGGAGGAGGAAAAAGCAGAGAAGAUCGGAACCCCAUUACCCAAUCUCAGAUACAUCUAUCUUCGCGACCUGAAGAAGUUGGUGAGCAUUAAAGAUCACGCAUUGCCAUUCCCUGGUCUGGAGAGGAUUCUCGUGUACAACUGUUCGGAGCUGAAGCAGCUUCCCUUGGGAGCAAAGAGUGCAGAGAAGUUGAGGAUGAUAUUUGGAGAGAGAGGGUGGUGGGAGAGAUUGGAGUGGGGGAAUCAGAGCAUCAAAUCUGUGUUCGCCUCAUGUUUCAGAGAAAUCCCUGCUGGAUAUGAACCAAGCAUGAAGAUCUUGGAUGGUCUUUGACGACAUCCUGUUCUUGCACAGACAGAUCACAUAGUGCUUUUCACGUAAAAUCUGGUUCUUCAUCUCAUAAUAUUAUCAUCCAAGUCUAAGCAUCAUUACAGCAAGAGAUCAACAACAUCAAACAUCAAACAUCAAACAUCAAACAUCAAAACGCAGG